AUGACGCAUGCGGAAGAGUCGAGCAGAUUGAGUUCCCUGCUCGAGUGAUGUCGCGGAUUGAGUUUAUGGCAAAUAAUGACUCUAAACAGAUCGGAAAUAAAGCAGACAGACGAUAGCGAAGCACUUCGACGUUACCAGAAGCUGGUCUGAUGUGGACAUGGCGUCGUCCCUCCAGAUGUGUCUCCGUCUCUAUCAUCUGCUGCUCCUCGCCGCUCCACCGCUGCACACACACUCCCUCUUCUCCUCCUCUGGGGUGUCCUCGUCCUGCGGGCCGGGCCGGUCCUGGGCGGUGCGGCUCAGCGCUGGCUCAGUGACGGCUCUGGAGCGGCUGGCACACAGCGUGGCAGAGGAGCUGGGUCUGGAGAGCCACGGACAGAUCGGGCAGCUGGAGGGACACUACCUGCUCUGCCAGCGACCGGAGGACAGCACAGACGUGCACUCCACAGAGUCCGCUCUGAACCGAAACCCUCAUGUGCUCUGGCACUCACAGGAACACAUCCUCAGACGCUCCAAGAGGAGCCUGACCUUCAAUGACCCCAGAUACCCCAGUCAGUGGCACCUGCACAACGAUGUGAAGCGUGGGAUGGACAUCAAUGUGACGGGUGUGUGGGAGAGGAACAUCACCGGUGCGGGGGUCACUGUGGUCGUGGUGGACGACGGCCUUCAGCACACACUGCCAGAUCUUCAGCCCAACUAUAGUCCUGAGGGUAGUUAUGACCUGAACUCGAACGACCCUGACCCCAUGCCUCACCCUGACGGUCACAGUGAUAACCAUCACGGCACGCGCUGCGCCGGAGAGAUCGCCGCCGCCUCCAACAACAGCUUCUGCGCCGUCGGAGUCGCAUUCGGAGCCAGAGUCGCAGGCAUCAGAGUUUUGGAUGGACCCCUCACAGACAGCAUGGAGGCUGUUGCUUUUAAUAAGCAUUACCAAGUCAAUGACGUCUACAGCUGCAGCUGGGGUCCGGAUGAUGACGGCCGUACAGUUGAUGGACCGCAUCCCUUAGGAAAGGCGGCGCUGCAGCACGGAGUCAUCGCAGGCAGGAGAGGUUUCGGGAGCAUCUUCGUCGUGGCCAGUGGUAAUGGAGGACAGUAUGAAGACGACUGCAACUAUGACGGCUAUGCUAACUCCAUCUACACCGUCACCGUUGGCGCGGUUGAUGAGAAUGGCAAAAGGCCGUUUUAUGCAGAAGAGUGUGCGUCUAUGCUGGCCGUGACGUUCAGCAGCGGGAGCAGACAGCUGCGCAGUAUAGUGACGUCCGACUGGUCUCUGCAGAGCGGCACAGGCUGCACAGACGGACACACAGGGACCUCAGCGGCUGCUCCUCUGGCUGCUGGGAUGGUGGCGCUCAUGCUGCAGGUGCGGCCCUGUCUGAGCUGGAGGGACGUCCAGCACAUCAUCACCUACACCGCAACACAGCAUGACGCUGACGCUCAGGCCGACUGGGGAAUCAAUGGAGCUGGUUUCCACCACAGUCACAAGUACGGCUUCGGUUUGCUGAACGCCUGGAGGCUGGUUAAUGCUGCCAAGGUCUGGGAGUCCGUCCCCUUCUUGGUGUCCUACCAGAGCCCGGUUUUAAAGGCCAACGAGGACAUCCCACACAGUCCCAAAACUCUCACGCACACCUGGAAUGUCUCUGUGUCUGAUCUGAGGCAGUCUGGCAUGCAGACGCUGGAGCACGUGUCUGUCACAGUGACGAUCGCUCAUCCUCGGCGUGGGAGCGUGGAGAUCUGGCUCGUCUGUCCCAGUGGAAUGAGCUCUCUGAUCGGGGCCCGGAGACCGCUGGAUGUAGAUACGACUGGAUACACAGACUGGACAUUUUCCACUGUGCGAUGCUGGGGAGAAAGAGCCGAGGGACAGUACAGCCUAAAGAUCACUGACCACAAGGAGCCGACUCUGUCAUCGGGCGUCCUGAAGCUCUGGAGACUCACUCUGUACGGCUCGUCUCUGUCUCCUCGGCAGGUGAAAGACAGGCGGAGGGUUGUUGAAGACGCCAUGGGUGGACAGUAUCUGGACAGCAGUUUUGCUCUUCCCUGCCCUCCUGGUAUCGACGUUCCUCCUGAAAUCGUGAGCCCGUUCACCUCAAACAGCCUGAAGUCUCUGCUGCUGCUGGGCUGUUUCGCUCUCUUCUGGUCGCUCUAUUACACGCUGGAGGUGACCCUCACUCUCUGGGACUGGCGUGGAUGCAGCACGACGGAGACGGGACGGGAACGAGGCUUUCAGGCCGUAUCCACAAGCCUCGAGGACAGUCAAGUGGUGGAGAUCCAGCCCGAGAUGGACAACGAGGACAAAGUCCCGCUCAUAGCUGCUGAUGAGAACACGUAGCACGUGUCUCCGUUUCUUCUGUUUGAGAUUUCAGGUUGCACUUUGAGCAUUUUGAGUGGCCUCAUUUGUCGUCUUUGAUUUAUUUGCUGAUGUGUUCAUGACAAUGUUGUCUUCUAAGAGUGCCUGACUUUGAGUGCAGUGUUUGAAACCUUCAGUGCAUGUAUGAUUGAGAGAAUGCGUGUGAAUGAUAUUUCGUGGAGUUUAAUAUAAAUGACUUUCUUCUCGAUCGGGACGCAUCGAAUGUGUCACUAAUAGGUCUAUAAAUACCUCCGACACUUGAAUUUUAAAAGACGGGAAGAGAUUUAAACUGCUUACCUGCAGAUAUUUUACUGAUUUUUUUUACUUGAAGUGUGGUAUUCUUGUGAUCAGGAACUCCGAUGGGGUUUGAAUAAAAACUAAAGGGAA